CCUACUGCGCCUGCACUUUAAUGUGUGUAAUCUACAAGUGGUUUUUUCUUGGCGUGACUCGGCAGUCGGCUGUUGCUUGUUAACAACAAACUGGUAGUCGGCGUUUUGACGUUCACAGCAGCACAUCUCCAAACAAACAACUUUUAACCAUGCCAGGUAACGGAUUAUUGGAAACAUCCCCCAACUAUGCCAUCAACAAGAAUGUUGCGGCAAGAUUCCAGCAACUGCCCCAGCCCAAGGACAAAGUGCAGGUCAUGUACGUGUGGAUAGACGGAACUGGAGAAAGUCUACGAGCCAAGUCCAGGACUUUGGAUUUCGUGCCAACUAAACCAGAAGAUCUUCCAAUUUGGAACUACGACGGCAGUUCUACCUACCAAUCCCAAGGUGAAAAUUCUGACACGUUUUUGUACCCAGUGGCGAUAUUUAACGACCCAUUCAGGCUGUCGCCAAACAAACUCGUUAUGUGUGAAACUUACAAGCAUGACCACACCCCGACUGAAACUAACCAUCGCAAAGGUGCUUUAGACGCCAUGACCAAAGCCGCUGACCAAAUACCGUGGUUCGGUAUUGAACAAGAAUACUCCUUGUUGGACACUGACGGCAAACCUUUCGGAUGGCCCAAAACUGGAUUCCCCGGCCCACAGGGACCAUACUAUUGUGGUGUUGGCGCCGACAAAGUAUACGGACGAGACAUUGUCGAAGCUCAUUACAAGGCAUGUUUGUAUGCCGGAAUUAACAUAUCGGGAGAGAACGCCGAAGUCAUGCCAGCCCAGUGGGAAUUCCAAGUUGGUCCUUGCGAGGGCAUCAGCAUCGGUGACCAUUUGUGGAUGGCUCGUUUCAUUCUGCACCGCGUUGCCGAGGAAUUUGGCAUUGUAGUGACACUCGACCCCAAACCAGUGCCUGGAGAUUGGAACGGAGCUGGUGCUCACUGCAACUUCUCCACCGUCGCCAUGAGAGAAAACAACGGAAUAAUCGAGAUUGAAAAAGCUAUCGAUAAGCUGUCUAAACAACACAUGAGACACAUUAAGGCGUACGACCCUAACGAAGGACGGGACAACGAGAGACGUCUGACUGGUAAACAUGAGACUUCGUCCAUUCACGAUUUUUCGGCUGGCGUAGCAAACCGAGGAUGUAGUAUCCGAAUUCCUCGAGGUUGUGCCGAAGAAAAAAAAGGUUACUUGGAAGACCGCAGACCUGCGUCCAACUGCGACCCUUACAGAGUGGCCGAAGUUAUCGUUCGCACCUGUUGUCUUGACGAAUAAGUCUUCAUCGAAAGCCAUGGCCACAAGGCCUUAACAAAAAUUAAAAAAAAAAAAAAAUGUUUUU